CUCACUCAUUCGCUCCGGGCUUUGUGUGAGCGUGCAGCAGUGGCACUGUGUGUGAGUGUACGCCAGAGAGAGCAGACACAAACGAGAGAGAAGUAAGAGGGAGACUAAAAAGCAUUCUGUUUGCACACAGACAACCAGAAAUCCUUCUGACUGCAGUCGAGGAAGACCUGAUCGAAAGGAAGAAGGAAAUGAAAUAGACUCUAGAAAAAGAGAGAGAGAGAGCGAGGAAAAACAGGACUGCCUGAGACGACGAGAAGAAUAGUCUACCACACACACACACGUAUACACAGUCACAAACACAGCAGGCGUGUAGCAGCGAGGCAAGGGUACUCACUCACACACUCUCGGGACAGUUUUAAAAAAAAGGCAGGAAGCUGCCUGGAUCUUGUCAAGGGAGAGGUGUGUGUAUCCGUCUGCGAGUGUGUGUGUGUGUGUCUGCAGUAAGAAGAGAAUGGAGGAGGGCUUGUUGUCUGUGGCCCCAGCUUGCAACUCUACAACCACCACCAACGCCUUGCUCAACAACCACUGUGCCGAUGACAGUAUCUCGGCAGCGAGUGCGUCUGACGUGCAGGAUCGUCUGUCGUCGUUGGAGCUGCGCGUCCAACAGCAGGAGGAUGAGAUCGCCGUGAUGAAGGCGGCGCUGGCCGACGUGCUGCGACGCCUGGCGCUCUCCGAGGACACGGCAGCCACCGGCAAAAAACAGACCAGCACCAAAGGCCAUAAUCCCCUGCGCGAGGCCUACUCGAUGUCCUGCAUCCCCAACGGCAGCUCCGGCAGCCGUAAGCCCAGCCAUAGAGACCGAGAUAGCUCCACAGUGUCCGUCGCCAGGAAGGAUACCUUCUCCUCAGCAGCCAAGAGCGGUCAGACAGCAGAGAGGAAAAAGGACACCCCUCCGAUGGAGGGCAUCAAGGAGAAGCAGGAGGGGCCCUCCCAGUCCAACCAGGCUAACGAUAAAGCCCCCCCUGCCAGCCCCAUGCAGCCCUCGCCGUCCCCCUCCAGCUCCAGCCACCCCCUCUCCCCUCACCCCCCCCAGUCCCAAAGGCAGGCCCUGGAGAACAAGGGCACCUCCCCAGCCAAAAGGGGUCACAGUGCGAAGCGGGGCACGGGGAUAGAGCGUUCCCAGAGCAGCACGUGGGAGAGUGGCGAGGAGAGCAGGAACAAGCUGGUGAAGGCUGCUUCCACCUCCAAACUGCUGGCCAAGGUGGUGAAGAACGCGGACAAGCAUAAAGACCCAGUGAUCAGCCAAGCCAAAAUGUCAACCCGCGAGAAAAACAGCCAAGCUGAGGGAGACUACAUCAAGAUGUUCAUGCGAGGUCGACCCAUCACCAUGUUCAUCCCCGCGGACGUGGAGAACUACGAGGACGUGCGCACAGAGCUGCCUCCGGAGAGACUCAAACUGGAGUGGGUGUAUGGCUACAGGGGGAAAGACUGCCGAGCCAACGUGUACCUGCUCCCUACAGGGGAGAGUGUUUACUUUAUUGCCUCUGUGGUCGUGCUCUUCAACUACGAGGAGAGGACACAGCGCCACUACCUCGGCCACACAGACAGUGUCAAAUGCCUUGCCGUUCACCCUGAUAAGAUCCGCAUUGCCACAGGACAGAUCGCAGGAGUGGAUAAGGAUGGGCGGCCACUGCAGCCCCAUGUGAGAGUGUGGGAUUCGGUCAGCCUGUCCACCCUGCAGGUCAUCGGCCUGGGCACCUUCGAGAGAGGGGUGGGCUCCCUGGCCUUCUCCAAAGCGGACUCGGGCACACACCUGGCAGUGAUUGAUGAUUGUAACGACCACAUGUUGACUGUCUGGGACUGGCAGAAGAAAUCCAAGAUCGCUGAAAUCAAGUCUACAAAUGAGGUGGUGCUUGUGGUGGAGUUCCACCCUACUGAUGCCAACACCAUAGUAACCUGUGGCAAGUCCCACAUCUUCUUCUGGACCUGGGCUGGCACCUCGCUGGCACGCAAGCAGGGCAUCUUCGGGAAAUAUGAAAAACCCAAGUUUGUUCAGUGUCUGGCCUUCCUCAACAACGGGGACAUCCUGACUGGAGACUCUGGAGGCAUCAUGUUGAUAUGGAGCAGGAGCACUGUGGAGCCGAGCCCAGGGAAGGGACCCAAAGGUGCGUACCAGAUCAGCCGUCAGAUUAAGGCCCAUGACGGCAGUGUGUUCACUCUGUGUCAGAUGAGGAACGGGACCCUGCUGACCGGAGGGGGAAAGGACCACAAGAUCAUUCUUUGGGACCACGACCUCAACCCAGAGAGGGACAUAGAGGUCCCCGAUCAAUAUGGAACCAUUCGCGCUGUGGCCGAAGGCAAGGGGGAGCAGUUUUUGGUGGGCACUUCGCGUAACUUCAUCCUGAGGGGAACGUUUAAUGACGGUUUCCAGGUGGAAGUGCAGGGACACACAGACGAGCUAUGGGGGCUGGCGUCGCACCCCUUCAAGGAUCUGUUCCUAACCUGUGCCCAGGACAGGCAGGUGUGCCUGUGGAACUCUGUGGACCACUCCCUGGAAUGGACCAGGCUCCUGGAUGAGCAUGGCCACUGUGCGGACUUUCACCCCAGUGGUGCUGUUGUGGCCAUCGGUACUCACUCAGGGAAGUGGUACGCUCUGGAUGCAGAGACCAGAGACCUGGUGGCCAUUCACACAGACGGCAACGAGCAGCUGUCAGUCAUGCGCUUCUCCGUAGAUGGCACCCUGCUGGCAGUGGGAUCACAUGACAACUUCAUUUACCUCCACACCGUGUCGGAGAAAGGCCGCAAGUACACCAGAUGUGGGAAGUGCAUUGGACAUUCCAGCUACAUCACACAUCUUGACUGGUCCCCCGACAACAAGUUCAUCAUGUCCAACUCAGGAGACUACGAGAUCCUCUACUGGGACAUUCCAAACGGCUGCAAGUACAUCCGUAACCGUUCUGAGUGUAAGGACAUCGACUGGACCACCUAUACCUGUGUGCUGGGCUACCAUGUCUUCGGAGUGUGGCCUGAGGGUUCCGAUGGUACAGACAUCAACGCUCUGAUCAGGUCCCACAACAGGAAGGUGAUCGCUCUGGCUGAUGACUUCUGCAAAGUGCACCUCUUCCAGUACCCCUGCGCCAGACCCAAGGCACCUAGCCACAAAUACAGCGCCCACAGCAGUCACGUGACCAAUGUGACCUUCAUGCACAACGACAGUCACCUGGUGUCCACGGGCGGGAAGGAUACCAGUGUCAUGCAGUGGCGUCUGGUGGAGAAGACCCCCUCAUUGGUCCCCAGUGACUCCUCCCUCUCUCUAGGGGAGGGGCUCCUACAUAACUCCAUCCUCCGUGCUGCCAUCCCAGCGGUGCCUCUGACGCCCACCGAGCCGGCCGCACCGCCAACCCCUACCCCGCCCACCGUCCUCGACCUGACCUCUGACCCCACAGCGGCGCACUGCGGGGGAGUGACUGUCACACCUCCCCCCACGCCAACCUCCCCCACGACCAACGGACGGCAGGAGAGCUCCCCGGAAACCCCUCCCCGCCGAGAACCCCGCCCCUCUGACAGCACGCUGAGCCUCAAGGACAGCCUGGAACCCAGCGACGACACGGCCACGCCUAGCGACGAGGGCCGCCCUUUCACCCCACCCUCGUGAAGAGCCUCAGUUGUGAUGCAGCCCAGCGCUCCUCUCUCCUGCUCAGCA